CAUUGUACAUGCUCAUUCGAAAAUCUUUCGAGAUAACAAGACGAUUUGACGACAUCACAAUUACGUUGACGUGCUUCUAAUAUUAAAAGAACGAGAAUUAUAAUCAAUCAAUUACAGUUACUGCGAAUCAACUAUACUUUGAUCUGCACGAAGGUAUAUACAACAUUAUAAGGAAAGAAAGAAUCGAUAUCAUGAGAUUCUUAAAAUUGUUAUUAAAUAUUGGCGUAAUAUUGACAAGAACGGUUUUUUGCAUCGAUAAUAAUUUAGAAAUUAUUAAUCGUUUACCGAACAACACGAUACCUAUUCACUAUAACAUCAAUCUGACACUGUAUCUCGAAGAAGGCAACUUUAUUUUUCAUGGUGAAUCCAAUAUCAAUAUCAAGAUUCGUUAUAAAUCGUCAAAAAUAAGCUUACAUUCGAGAGAUUUAGAAAUAAAUGAAACAGCGACAACAUUAAUUAAUGAUAAAGAUACGGUUUAUAAACCGAUGAAACAUAAUAAUGUGACGAACAUUUUGACAUUGAAUUUUAACAAUGUAUUAUUACCUGGCCUUUAUAUCUUAAACAUGAAAUUUUCUGGUAAUCUAUUACCUGUAUCUCGACAAAGAGGUUUUAUAAAAUUUCCGUACAUUGAUAAAGGAAACGACACUAAAUGGUUAGCUGCAACGCAUUUCGAGCCGGAUGGCGCCAGACGAACAUUUCCAUGUUGGGACGAGCCAGCGUUAAAAGCCACCUUCAACAUUUCUGUAAAGCAUCAUCAAAAGUAUGGUGUAUUGUCGAAUAUGCCAAUACGAGAGCAAUUUUUAGAACAAGAUGGCAUGAUGCAGACACACUUUGACAUCACUCCUAUAAUGUCUACUUAUACCGUAGCGAUUGUAAUGUCCGAUUUUGUCCGCGUUCCCAAUGCGAACGAGACGAUCAAUAUAUGGUGCAAGUCGUCUUUGACGUCAAAAGUAAAAUUUGUACAUAAUAUUGCUGAAAAGGUCGUAGAGUUCUUAAUUCAAUAUACCAAUAGUUCUCAGAAGGUACCGAAAAUGGAUCACGUCUUGAUAUCGAAUUUUACAGUUAGUGGCAUGGAAAAUUGGGGACUCAUCAUUUAUCAUGAAUCAAAAAUUAUCUACGAUGAUAGCAGCGAUCCAAUAUAUCGGAAAACAGAAAUAGCAAUGACAGUAGCACACGAACUUACACAUCAAUGGUUUGGCAAUUUGGUUACUCCAUUUUGGUGGUCCUAUCUGUGGUUAAAUGAGGGAUUUGCUGCGUUCUUCGAAACGUACAUAAUAAACAAGAUUUUCCAAGAUUGGCGGUUAAUGAAUUUUCUUCUAAUUCGGACACUACAGCAAUGUUUUCUGAAAGAUAUAGGCUCAAUGAAUUCUGUCACAUUGAAACUUGGCAAUACUUUCGAAAAGAAGUCGCUGUUUUCUGAUGAAGUUUAUAAAAAAGCGCCAGUUUUAUUGCGCAUGUUACAUAAUACAAUUACUGAUGAGGUAUUUAGAAAAGGUCUCAUUACGUAUUUGACCACGCAUCAAUUUAGCUCGGCCAGUCCAGAUGAUUUGUGGAGCGCCAUGCAAAGUGCUCUAGAUGAAUCUAAUGUCCCACACAAAGAUUAUAGAAUAAAAGAAGUGAUGGAUACGUGGAUGAAUCAAAAGCGUUAUCCUUUUGUAGACGUGGUAAGAAAUUACGAAACUGGCGAAGUGACAAUAUCACAAACAUGUGUCCGACAAUAUAGUGAGACUAAUCAAACUACUAAAUGGUGGAUUCCUAUAACUUUCGCUACACAAUCUAAUCCGGAUUUCUCCAAUACUGUACCUCGUUAUUGGUUACGACCAGAUCAACAUAAUAUAAGUUUCAUAAUUAGCCCAGAUGAUUGGAUUAUUAUCAAUUUACAACAAACUGGAUAUUAUCGUGUUACUUACGAUAUCAAGAAUUAUCAAAAACUUGCACAUUAUUUAAAUAGUAAAGAAUAUAAAAAUAUACAUGUUGUUAAUCGUGCUCAAAUCAUCAUUGAUUUGCUUGCUAUAGUAUUUGCUGAUCGAAUAAAUGGAUAUUUAUUCAUUCAUCUAAUAAGUUAUUUCUUUCAAGAGAGAGAAUAUGCAGCAUGGCAACCAUUAUUUCAAAUAAUAGAAAGUAUACCAACGAUUCUUUUACUGCCAGAAUUCUAUCAUGUUAAGAUACGUUUAAUGCAACUCCUCGAGAGACUUCUUGACUAUGUAGGAUACAUAGACAAUCCUAAUGAUGAUGAUAUCACAAAACUGACAAGGCUAGACGCCUUAAAAUGGGCAUGUACUCUUGGUCAUGAGAAAUGCAAGAAAAUGACUGCACUUAAAUUAAGUGAACAUCUUAUGGAUCCUAAAACUCACAAAAUUUCAUAUGAGGAGAAAUUUAUGUACUGUACUGGUAUGAUGGCAGUCAAUAAGACUACUUGGGAUAAAAUGUUAGAAUUAUAUCUAAAAGACGAAAAAGUUGAAAAACAAAUAUUAGAAAGUUUGAGUUGUGCUGAAGAUCCUGAUAUCAUUAUCAAUUACUUAAAUAUUAUAUCAUUGAAUACUUCAUUAUUUCACGAUGAUGAGCAUUCUUUUGUUUUUAAGAAUGUUCUUGAGAAGUAUGCGUGCAAUGACAAAAUCCGUGACUACGUAUUAAAAAAUUUGGAAAUUAUAAAACCUAGAUCAUUUACUACAACUGCAGCGAUAGAACUUAUUCUUCAGAAUGUUUGUUCUAAUAAACAAAUUGAUAAGAUACAAACAUUCUCAAAAACUAAUUUUUAUCAAGAUCCAGACACUUUGUAUACAAUUCAAAUAUUGAUAAAAAAGCGUAAGGAAUAUCUUGAACAUAUCGUACACUACAUUAAGAAAUGGUUUUUCUACUGA